GGGAGUGCCACUGCGGUUUCCUGUGGCGUGAGGAGAAGCCUGAACAUGCCCUGCAUCGCCUUUUUCAGCUGGUUCAUUUUUGUUUUGAUCCUGAAUACCAGCAGAGAUGCCGACGUACACGGUGACCAUUAGCACUGGGGAGCAACGCUUUGCAGGGACGGACAAUUACGUCUACAUAACACUGGUGGCCAUUGAGCGGUGCAGCAAGAGGACUCUGCUGGAUAAAGCUCUGCACAAUGACUUGGAGAGGGGAGCGGUGCAGUCCUACCCAGUGGAGGUGCAAGAGAACCUGGGUGAGCUUAUGUUGGUGAAGCUGGAGAAGAAGAAGCACUUGGUGCUGGAUGACUGGUACUGCAGGUACGUCUCCGUGAAGACCCCAGACGGAGAAAUUGUGGAGUUCCCCUGCUACCGAUGGCUGCUGGAUGGCAAGGAAGUGACUCUGCGGGAAGGACGAGCUUUCCUGCCUCAGGAUGAUAAGAUAAGUCUCCUUAAGAAGCACAGGCAAAACGAGCUGGAAAUGAGGCGCAAAAUCUACAGAUGGAUGGAGUGGCAGCCGGGCUUUCCGAGGAGCAUAGAUGCAAACAGACAAAAGAAUUUGCCUCGAGACAUCCAGUUUGAGAGCGACAAAGAAGGGGACUUUGCAUUGAACUAUGCAAAAGCAAUGGGGAACCUGUGUGUGAACCACUUCAUGAACUUGUUCCAGUCCUCGUGGAGCAGCUUGGCUGAAAUUGAGAAGAUCUUUUGUACAAUCAAAAACCCAACUUCAGAGUAUGUGAUGGAGCACUGGAAGGAUGAUUACAUUUUUAGCUAUCAAUUCCUGAACGGCUGCAAUCCCGUGAUGAUCCAAAAGUGCACCAAAGUUCCUGACAAGUUUCCUGUUACCAAUGAGAUGGUUGCUCCCAGCCUCAAGAGGAAUUUGACUUUGGAACAGGAAGUACAGGCAGGUAACAUCUUCAUAGUGGACUACGAAGUGUUAGAUGGCAUCAAACCCAACUGUACAGAUCCACAAACCCGCCAGUACAUCGCAGCUCCCAUUUGUCUUCUCUACAAGAACCCACAGAACAAGAUCCUGCCCAUCGCCAUUCAGUUGGGUCAGACUCCAGGCGAAGACUGCCCCAUCUUCCUGCCCACAGAUGGCGAGUACGACUGGCUUCUGGCCAAGAUGUGGGUUCGCUCGUCAGACUUUCAGCACCACCAGACGGUCACACACCUGCUGAGAACACAUCUGAUCUCAGAGAUGUUUGCCAUCGCCGUGUUCAGGCAUCUCCCUGCAGUCCACCCUGUCUUUAAGUUACUCAUUCCUCACAUCCGUUUCACUAUCGCUAUCAACACCAAGGCAAGAGAGGCCCUCAUCUGUGACCAUGGUCUCUUCGAUAAGGCAAACUCCAUCGGGGGAGGAGGUCAUGUGCAGCUGAUUCAGAAGGUGAUAAAGACGCUGACCUUCCGGUCACUCUGCUUCCCUGACAUGAUCAAAGCUCGUGGAAUGGAUGACAAGAAUUUGCCAUCCUACUUCUACAGGGAUGACGGCUACCAGGUGUGGGAGGCCAUUAAGGGUUUUGUCUCCGAUGUGGUUAAUAUUUACUACACCAGUGAUGAGAACGUUCGGACGGACCAGGAAAUCCAAGCCUUUGUUCAGGAUGUUUGCGACUUUGGAAUGAAGGACUUCAGUCACUGUGAAUUCCCCCGGUCCCUAAAGUCCUGCACGGAGCUGAUUGAGUACUUGACCGUCAUCGUGUUCACUGCUUCAGCUCAACAUUCAGCGGUCAACUUUGGACAAUACAACUGGUACUCCUGGGUCCCCAACGCGCCGUCCACCAUGCGACAGCCGCCGCCCAACCGGAAGGGUUUGUCCAACAUGACCCUGAUCAUGGCCAGCCUCCCUGACAGAGGACGCUCCAGUUGGCACCUGGGGGCCGUCUGGGCGCUCACACAGUACCAGGAGAAGGAGAUCUACUUGGGAUCUUACCCGGACCAGCACUUUACGGAGAAGCCGGUGAGGGCGGCCAUGGAGGAGUUCAGGAAGAAACUGGCAGACCUAAGCAGCGCCAUCAGGACGAGGAACGAGAAGGAGAUCUUGCCCUACGACCUCCUGUGCCCUGACAAAAUACCGAACAGUGUCGCUAUAUGAAGUGUUUUUCUUACAAAACACUUUUGUGCUUGUCCCUUUACAACGGUUUCACUCCGAAUACUCAUACUGGCUGAUACCCAUAUUGACCAGCAGGACUCAUACACGCUUUUAUUAUUUUGUAGUGUGGCGGCCUAUAGUUAAAGGCCUACUGAAAUGAGAUUUUCUCAUUCAAACGGGGAUAGCAGGUCCAUUCUAUGUGUCAUACUUGAUCAUUUCGCAAUAUUGCCAUAUUUUUGCUGGAAGGAUUUAGUAAAGAACAUCGACGAUAAAGAUUGCAACUUUUAGUUGCUAAUAGAAAAGCCCUGCCUUUACCAGAAGUAUGUGCGCGUGACGUCACGAGUUGCAGGGCUCCUCACAUAUUCACAUUGUUUUUAAUGGGAGCCACCAGCAGUAAGAGCAAUUCGGACCGAGAAAGCGACAAUUUCCCCAUUAAUUUGAGCGAGGAUGAAAGAUUUGUGGAUUAGGAUAUUGAUAGUGAAGCACUAGAAGAAAAAAAAAAAAAAAGCAACGUCUCCGGGCGACGGCAGUGUGAGCGUUUCAGAUGUAAUUAGACACAUUUACUAGUAUAAUUCUGGAAGAUCCUUUAUCUCAGGGGUCGGGAACCUUUUUGGCUGAGACAGCCAUACAAGCCAAAUAUUUUUUAAAGUAUUUCCGUGAGAGCCAUAUAAUAUUUUUUUAAGACUGAUUACAACUAAAUGCGUGCAUUUUUAAGUAAGAUUAACAUUUUUAGAGUAUAAUAAGUCUCUUAUUCGUUUUAAUAACAUUGUUAUUCUGAAGCUAUCCAACAAUAAAUACAAUACUUCUUACCAUUAAUGCGACUACUUGAGCAGGUGAGGUAGAAACCGGAUGAAUGGAUUAAAAUGCAUGAGAAUAUUUUAUAUUUUGAACGUUUUUUUUGACACUGUGAUUACCAGCGGAAUUAUUCAUUACUUACCGUGUUAAGCAAUGUCAGCUAAGAUUUAUCUGAGAACCAGGUGCAGUCAUCAAAAGAGCCACAUCUGGCUCUAGAGCCAUAGGUUCCCUACCCCUGCUUUAUCUGCUUAUUGUUUCAAUAGUGUUUUAGUGAGAUUAAAGAUUGUAAAGACAUACCUCGAGGUCGGACGGCUGCGGUGAACACAGUGUCUCAGAGAGAAGCCGAGGAGCCAAGCUCACAGCUGCUGCAGGACGACGGAUAAUCCACUGAGGUCUCCGGUAAGAUAUAUAUCACAAUUUCCCCAUCCAAAAACAUGCUGGUUGACGUAGAGAAAACAUGUUCGCUUGACCGCUCUGCUUCACAACAAACAAAGAAACACCGGAUGUGUGUCGGUGCUAAAGACAGCUGCAAUUAACCGCUUUCCACCAACAGCAUUGUUCUUUAUAGUCUCCAUUAUUAAAUGAACAAAUUGCAAAAGAUUCAGCAACACAGAUGUCCAAAAUACUGUGUAAUUACGCCAUGAACAGAGACGCCUUUUAUCCGUGUUUGGUGCUACGCUAAUAUGUCCCCUCCAACACGUGACGUCACGCCUAUGCGUCAUCAUUCCGCGACGUUUUCAACAAGAAACUCUGAGGGAAAUUAAAAAUUGUAAUUUAGUAAACAAAAAAGGCCGUAUUGGCAUGUGUUGCAAAGUUAAUAUUUCAUCAUUGAUAUAUAAACUAUCAGACUGCGUGGUCGGUAGUAGUGGGUUUCAGUAGGCCUUUAAGAAACACUGCUGGAAAAGUUUGAUCAAGUAAAAUUACUCAAAGAACAAUUAUUUACCAUUUACAGUCUGCAAUGGACCCAUGCUGUCUUCAAAUUGAAGUGGGGUGGUAAUUUUUUGUGAACACCUCGUGGUCAUAUUAUUUCUCUAAUUCAAGCGCAUGAUGCGGACACGUUUGUUACUGGGUACUUUCUACUGUAGGCGCACUAAAAAUCCUUUCCCCCCCUCAAAACUCGACAGUAUAACCCGGCGCACCUAAUGUAAGAAAUACGUUUGGUUGAGCUCACCCACCUCGAAGCAAUUUUUUUUUUGGUACAUGGUGUAAUAAAUGUGACCAGUAGAUGGCAGUCAUACAUAAGAGAUAAGUGUCGGCUGCACCGUUUGAUGUGCUUCAACAUACAAGGAUUACUAUGGCGUUUUGUUUCGCACUACUAUGCAAAAGUAACUUUUCUUACCUUUUGGUACCUGCUGAUCUGUAUUUGGGAUCUGCAUAAAUUCUGAAAAAUUGUGCGCACCCGGUUUGUAGUCCAUGGCCACACCGUAGUCGAUAAGCUUCUUCUUUUUCUCUAUCUUCUUGUUAUGGAACAUUCAUCCUCUGCUGUUGCCAUUUCUAAUAUAUUGUAAAGUUCUUACUUAUAUCUGUCAGUAAACUCGCCAUGAAAGCGCUAAAACAUACCGGUGUAGUGAGUUUGCAUUAUUCAUUCAAGGAACUUUGGUUAUCAGUCGGACGGUUUUUCACGGGACACAUUUUUGGUGUUGUUUCCGGAUGAGGAGAUACUGCUCUGGUAUUUAUUUGAGUAAAGUCUGAAUGUCAUUAAAACAGUUUGCACCAUCUUUUGACACUUCUUCCACUCCCGUCCUUGCACGCUACACC